CCACAAACCACCCGCAGAGCCGAAGGAAGCAAAUCGAAACUCCUCAAUGAGUUCACCUUCAGAUAAAUAGUUUGCCCCCCCCCCGCCCCCCUUUCUCCUUCCUCUCAACUCUCAUUUUAAUCGUUUUGGGCGUCUUGAGAAGAUGAACGGCUCCGUGCACUCCUCAUCCAACGUGGUGGACAUUAAACUGAAGCGGGGGCCGUCAGGCUUGGGAUUCAACAUAGUUGGGGGCGUGGACCAGCAGUUUGUUGUGAAUGACAGUGGCAUAUAUGUGUCCAAAAUAAAAGAAAAUGGAGCUGCAGGCCUGGAUCGGAGACUCCAAGAGGGGGACAAGAUCCUGGCGAUCAACGGAACGAAGCUCGAGAAUCUGACACAUAGAGAUGCAGUGGAGUUGUUCAGGACAGCAGGGGAGGACGUAGAGCUCCGUGUCCUGAAAAAGUUUGCCCAUCACAUGAACGGACCCACAGACUCACAACCCAAGCACGAACCUUCUGUGUCUUCUCUGGGAGUACUGGUUGCUUUAGCGGGAGCCGCAGCCAUCUGUGCGUUCUUUUACAUGCGGCACCUGAGGAAGCACUUUUAACUAAGUCGGCGUCUGUAUAUUAUUUUUAGGAUCAAAAACGUUGCUAAAGGCCAAAGAGGGAACAAACUCAAAAACAUUAGACGUUAUUAUUUUUUUUUUCUGAUUAGUGCGUGUUGGUGUCACUGAUGAGUUUCUCCAUGUUCAUGUGUAUAAUGUGAUUAAUGGUAGCUUCUUGACACCCUUUCCUAUGCAAAAGGAUGCUCUCUUUCCACAGAGAUUACUUUUAAUAGGUAACUUUGUGAUCGUGAGGAGAAGAAUGUACACACGACAUUCCUGCUGGUGAGCUGAGCUGGGCUUGAGCUCCGGCAGAAACAAACAAAGCUGCUCGUACACGUCGGCAGAAAAAUGAUUAAAUCCGCGAGUCACAUCAGACUGACUCGAGCUUCAGGGUCCAUUUACAAACUGAAAGACAGUGUUGUGUGCAGUCACUCGUAGGCCUCCCCGUACCUCCGCUGAAUGGCAGAUCUGUCUGAGGGGGCGGUAUGAGAGGAACCCACUGUACUUUCAGUUUUACAGUGUUCAAAAUUCACACGACUGGGUUUGAUUUUCAUUUUGCACCGUUGCACAGAAUCAUGAGAGGAGCGGCUUCCUGCUGCCUGCAGUUAAGGAGAUAAAUUGUGUAAUGGACUUUAGAGUGCCUUUUGUGUCUAUUCCAAGCGACGGUGGUACGUUGCUCCUUAUCGUGAUCAAAGUGAAAAUCGACCCUCUACGUCCAUUAAUACAUUAAAUUAAAGGAUGUGGCUGCCGAUAUCUUUUCUUAAUGUCAACACGUCCCGUAAACCGGCUCAAACCAACAAUGACUUAGUCCAUCUCUCAAUACUGUCCGACUUCCUCAGCCUGUUUCACCCUCACCCAAGACUUUAUUUCUAAAAAUGCCUCUCAGUUCCUGAAACAGCUCGGCACUGUAGGUUUUAGCAAACAGUACUUACACAGGAGGAAAUGGUUUAUUUGUCAGGGACUAUUUUCAGCUGCGGAUUAAUACACAUUCGGUGUUUCCAGCAGAGAAGUGGUAUAGUGGUAAUUAAGAAACAUGUAACCCAGUGCAAACAGUAGGGCUCAUUGAUGUGUUUUUAUUAGUUUGACACAGAGGGAUCAGGUAUAGCAGAUAAUAGUUGUUAGUAAAAAUAUUCAUUGUUGGUUUUGGUCUUUUAAUGGGAUUUGUUGACAGUAAGAAAAAUGCAGAUUGUCACCAGACUCAUCCCUUUAAAGUAAAAUACACUAAAAGUUCAAAGUAUCACCAAGUAGUUUCAUUAACAACAACAAGAGUUUAUUACAGUGUGUCACAUGGUCACUCAGGGUGAGCCAUUAAAUCUCUAUCAUACAAACAAAUCAUUCCUUAAAUAAAUAUAAAUAAAUCUCAUGUGGUGAGCAGCUCAUUGAUGCUCAUUCACAGCUGAAGACUCAGAGAGACGGAGCCAUGUUUGUGUUUGUGUGUCACUGCCAUUUAAGACAUUCUUCUGAUUUAGUGCUGACGCCGGUGCUCGUAAUCACAUCGCACCUUCUGCUACGUGAUUUGUCUUAUACAUGAAAUAUGAAGCAUGUUGUGAUAGAGGACACAAGUUGUUCAUUUAUGUGAAGGAUCAACAGCUUAAAUGAAAAGCAGCUUGAGAUGGUUGACUUUACAGGAGAGGGUUGUGUUGUUUUUUUAAGUUGUCAACAACUUAAAAUGUUUGUUUUCUUUGCACUAGCCACAAUCAUGGAACUCCUCCAGUAACGGCCAUAGAGCAGAUGAAUAAGUGAAUUGUUGCUGGGUGUAUUUGUCCACAUUUGUCAGUCUGCAGUGCAUCUAUCAAGCAAUUGUCUCUGACUGUAUGUGACUCUUGUUGUCUGUAAAUACGUUUCAAGUCGCUCUGCUGAGUGGGAUUGUGAAUAUGUGCAGUUAUGCCAGAAAAGUUGAUCAGAAGCACUAAUAAAUUAUGCAAAUACUGUGUGUUUUACAUCCAAACACCUACUGUAUUAAAAUUCAUGUUGAAUUCG